AUGGGGACAAAUUUAAAAGAAGUUUCAAAUUUUGAUCCUGAGGCUGAUUGUGAUCGAAUCUAUGGCCUUAGUAAUUUUGAGAAUAAUACCAAAACCGCAGUCUUGAUUAAAGACGGUCAUGUGGGACGCGUAGGACCGAUGAGUAUCUUUAAUCGAGUAAAAGGAGUAUUUCUUGGAGAAAAUCUUUUAAUUAAGAUUAAACAAUAG